AUGUGGCCCGUCGACGAACCCGAGCCUGAGCAGUCGAACAAGAGUAUUCAAAGCUCCCCAGAUUUAUCCUCGAAAUGGGGCCAAGUUACUAUUGCUUGCAUGGAUCAAAAGGCCAUGUAUAAUGAGGUUCAACGGCUCCAACAGGGAAUCAAAAUCGCAGAAAGAAAAGCAGAGGUCUUUCAACGAGACCGGCUUCUUGCAGAAGAGCAGGCUCGUCAACGAGGCGAGCUGCUCGAAAAUGCUAUCCAGGAAACAAAAGCAGCCAGAAACGAGAACCGAAUCCUUAUGACCAAAAUAGCAAGCCUACAAGCUGGGAUUGAGACUUUCUCCGAUGAAGAAGUUAAACGAGAAAUGUCUCUACUCUAUCACGAUCUUGCGCACUGGAGGUUCACCCAUUUUGCAACAAGGCCACCUCAACAAAAGAACGAUCCCACGCCAAGAUCAGAGAGCCUUGAUAUCUCGACAUUGGAUAUUAUUCAGUCCGACAUUGCUGGGAUAAUUUAUCGGUCGUUUUGGAACCAAUUUAUGGUUGGAUCUGAGCAUUUUUGGAGUAAUUAUCUCCGCAAGGUCGACUCCGAAAUAAAUAAACAAUUUUCUAACCACAUAACCCGGCAUUGGCGAUGUGCGAUGAGCUCUGCCAUCCUAUCAUUGGAAACCGCUAGUUUACAAGAACAGUGCAACUGGAUCAUUGAGAAUGUCGAAGCCUGCUUUGGUCGCUACACUGUCACUGACAGACCAAAACGAAUGCAACAGCUGCACGACAUCAUUGCACGUUGCAUCAAGCUCAAACAUAAAUUGGAUUGCCAGGAAGACAGAUACAUCUUCUGGGGCAGUUACCAAUACGGAUUGCUGUUCCGAGAUGACAAAAUGCGUACCCUCAUAGACGAGGAUACCUCGGAUGGGUUCAUUCAGGCUAGUCUAUGGCCUGGUUUAUAUAAGAUCGUCCAAAACGGCGAAUGGUUGAUAGUCGAAAAGGAGAUUGUAAAAAAGAUUCCCCCGAUCACCCCUUCGGUUGAAAUGAGUGAUGAAAUGGAAUCCCAUGAAGGUGACCCAGUCUUGGAUGAGAUUUAG